AUGGACGGUCGCUACGCGCAGUUCCACGCUGGCCAGGGGGUGUUGCCAGGCUAUGGUGGCUUGCCCAACAACAUGCAGGGCUUGCAGGGCCUCCAGGGGGCCGCCACGGCGGGCUACGGUCUUCAGGGUCAGCUCCAGGGCGGCAGGUCUGGCAUGCCCGGGAUGAACGCGCCGGUCCAGGGGAACCAGCGCAUGGCCGGCCUGGGCCUGAACCCUGGCCUGGCCAUGGGCCUGGGCCAGAACCCGCGCGUGAACAUGGCCGGGGCGCAGCAGGCACAGCAUGCCGCGCACACGCAGUACGGCAUGGCCCAGCGCGCGCAGCAUGGCGCCCCCAGCAGCUGGGCGGCCUGGGCGGCGGCCUGGGCGGCCGCAUGGGCGGCGGUGGCGCCGCGGCUGGCGGCACGGGCUCCUACCCCGCCAACCUCGCCAUGCGUGGGCUUCCAGGAGGAGGAGUUCCCGGCGCUGCCUGGGACGAUGGCGCGUGGCCCCGCUGGCGCGCAGCAGGCCGCGCUGCAGGCCAUGCUGGCCGGCGUGGGGCCCAACACGCAGCGCGGCCAGCAGUCCGACGCGUCCUCCCUGGCCCUGGGCUUCGACCUCACCUCCCUGGGCCUGAGCCUGAACUCUGCGGAGCCCAUCUGGAAGGAGUUUGGGUCGCCCUGGGGCGAGCCCGCGGGGAAGGUGGACGCCGAGUUCAAGACCCCCGCCUGCUACCAGCACAACCCGUUGAGGCUGUCCCAGGCCUACUUCUCCAAGUUUCAGCCGGACACGCUGUUCUACGUGUUCUAUGGCAUGCCGGGCGAGGACGCCCAGGUCCUGGCCGCGGAGGAGCUGACCAACAGGGGCUGGUACUUCCACAAGGAGCUCCAGGCCUGGCUGACGAUGGUCCCUGGCACUGAUCCCACCCAGAAAACGGACCGGUUUGAGCGGGGCGCCUUCUUCGUCUUCGAGCCUGCCACCUGGGAGGUGACGCGCAAGGACAACUUUGUCGUGCACUUUGAGCACCUGGAGCGAGCGCCCCCGCUCCCGGGCAGGCCGCAGCCCGGCCUGCAGGCCAGGGCUUGA